AAAAUGGAACACACCAGCAGUGUGAGGAGACCUGAAAGUGGCACAUGGCAGAGUGUGGCGAGGGAAAGACAGCAGCAAUGGGAGGCCGUACAGGGACCCAUGAAGACACUGGACCUGGCAGCAGCAUGAGGAGGCGGUACGGGGCCCAUGGCAGAUUACGGCCUGGCAGCAGCAAUGGGAGGCCCGUAAUCUGCCAGCACCCUAUGACAAAAAUGGAACACCCCAGAAAUGUGAGGAGACCUGAAAGUGGCACAUGGCAGAGUGUGGCGAUGGAGACAGCAGCAAUGGAGAGGCCGUACAGGGACCCAUGAGAGACUCUGGACCUGGCAGCAGCAUGA